GCUCGCGCUCCCGCCCUCUCGCUGUGCCCGGCUGAGUCGGUCAGUCUGUCGGAGUCUGUCCUCGGAGCAGCAGGAGCGAGAGGAUUUCGCAGAGCCCACCCCCGUCCUAUUAUUUUCUUCCCCCUCCCUCUCUCCCGCCCCACGUCUCGCUUCACCCCUCUCUCGCCCUUGCGCAGCCAUGGCGGACCUGUCGGCGGCCACUCAGUCCCCGUCAGUCUCCUCGACGUCCUCCGGGGCCGAGCCCUCUGCGCCCGGCGGGGCCGGGAGCCCGGGAGCCUGCCCCGCCCUGGGGACGAAGAGCUGCGGCUCCUCCUGUGCGGUGCACGAUCUGAUCUUCUGGCGAGAUGCGAAGAAGACUGGGCUUGUCUUUGGCACCACGCUGAUCGUGCUGCUCUCCCUGGCCGCUUUCAGCGUCAUCAGUGUGGUUUCUUACCUCAUCCUGGCUCUCCUCUCUGUCACCAUCAGCUUCAGGGUCUACAGGUCUGUCAUCCAAGCUGUGCAGAAGUCAGAAGAAGGACAUCCAUUCAAAUCCUACCUGGAUGUAGACAUUACUCUGUCCUCAGAAGCUUUCCAUAAUUACGUGAAUGCUGCCAUGGUGCACGUCAACAGGGCCCUGAAGCUCAUUAUCCGUCUCUUUCUGGUGGAAGAUCUGGUUGACUCCUUGAAGCUGGCUGUCUUCAUGUGGCUGAUGACCUAUGUUGGUGCCGUUUUCAAUGGAAUCACCCUUCUGAUUCUGGCUGAACUGCUCAUUUUCAGUGUUCCCAUUGUCUAUGAGAAGUACAAGACCCAGAUUGAUCACUAUGUUGGCAUCGUGCGUGAUCAGACCAAGUCGAUUGUUGAGAAGAUCCAAGCAAAACUACCUGGAAUCGCAAAGAAAAAGGCAGAAUAAGGACAUGGAAACCAGAAAUGCCACAGUUACUAAAACACCAUUUAAUAGUUAUACUGUUGUUGCUUGUACUAUGAAGGAAAGUGCUCAGUGUCAGCUU